AUACCGAAUAAACCUUGCACUCUACCGUGUAAUCAGAAUAUGACAAACAAUAUACAAUGCAUCGGAAAACAACUUUGCAAGGCAGCGUUGUACUGUAUUAGUGCGCCAGUUAUUACAGAGGAGCAGUGCACAAAGAAAAAACGAAGACGGUGAAAGUUUUAUUUGUGAUUGUUUAUGAACAUAAUUUUUUUUUAAACAAAUGAUUUGAUUGAACUAGUAGCUCAGUCUAUUUGCUUGAUUGAACUAGUGGCUCAAUCUCCUAGCUGAACAUCCAAUAUUGGAGAAACGUUGCCCUUUCAAAGGAGAAGAAUCCAGAGGGGGAUAAUGGAACUGGACACAAAACCACUGCACCCAUCCGAAGAGUCGCCCACCUUGGGGAUAAUCAUCAAAUAUGUUUUCGUCGUGUGGAGCGUCGUACUCAUUCUGAUGGGUGCAAGCGCUUUUGGUGCAGGGGUAUGGAUCUUGAUGGAUGAAAAGUACUCGUUGAAUCUCAUCCAGGCUGUAACCUCCGUUCUGGUCUUCUCUGGAGGCAUGCUCUUCAUCUUGGGAUUCUUAGCCACCUGUGCGGCCUUGCUGGAACAUAAGGGGAUGCUCAUUGUAUACAUCGUCAUAUUGAUGGUUUUGCUGUGUAGCCAAGGAACAGCGUCUGUAAUAAUGGUAGUGAAGUGGAAAGCGAUUGAGAAUGAAUUAAAUGAGAAUCUGGUGAAAAAUGUGGAGGAAAACUACGACGGAAAGGUGAAGAGCGCCAGUGUAUUCAGUGCGGCACUUGACUGGACACAAGUCACUUUAUAUUGCUGCGGCAUCAACAAGUUCUCGGAAUUUCAGAAGGCCAAGAACUGGAAAGCCAGGGAAACCAAGAUGGUUCCCGAGACUUGCUGUAUUCUCACAAACCGGGACAAGUUCUUCUUGAAGGAGAAGCCAAAAGUAAAAGUCCGUACUUGUCCACAAGAUCCAACAGCCACUGAUUCCUAUAUCAGUACACCAUGCUUUAACGGGAUCAAAGAGCUAUUGAUGGAGAAGUGGAAGCUGUUCCUUGGAGUUCUUUGUGUCGUUUUAAUCUUCGAGGUCUCAGGAGUUGUCUUCUCCUCCUUUAUUUUAUGGAAAAUCCACAAGAAAGAACUGGAGAUAGUCUGAGACGGAUGCUAUGGGCAACCAACUCCAGCUGCUACUCCAUCUUACAUGUGCCUUGUUACUAACUAUAAACAUAACUGAAGAGUUCAUUGACAAAAUGCUGCAUACGUGAUAUAUACGAUUUUCCCUAAUUUUAGAGCUAUGGUGAAGGUGUACUGAUAUUAGACAGGGUUUAGGUGGAAGCCCGUAAAAUAUGAACAAUUUGGCAAAUUAUUUAGAAAAUCUGUCGCCAAAUUCAACAUUCAUUUAACCAAACAGCAAAAAUAGUGGUACAUGCAUCUAUGAGCGGGAGACGAUUUCAAAUUAGUAAUAAAAUUUAUCAUAUAAUAUCUUAUAUUUUCAGUGCAAAGUAUGUGAUGAUCACAUACUUUAAGAAUUUUUUUAACUUUGCAAAUUAGAUGUAAAUUAAUCGAGGUCACAGCACUAUGUUUAUUGACAUUUGA